AUGGCACGACGGGAACUAGGGAAAUACAAACAGGCGAACGAAGAUCUAGACCUGUUCAUCAACGGCGGAGGGGAUCGCCUUUUAGCAGCGCAAGCCCGGGAAUUACUUUCAAAAUACCCUGUUGAGGAUAUCAACCUAUCACCUUCAACUACUCCGGAUCCCACUGAUCACCUUGCGAAUGAAGUUCACGCUAUUGGCUUGAAGGAGGGAGAUCCUUUCACCAUCCGCGAAUCAAACACUCAGAGAGGUUGCUGUGCCCUCGCUACCAAGAAAAUCCGCAGAGGAGAUCUCAUCUUGUCCGAAAAGCCAGUCGUCAUCGUCGGGACCGGUAAACCACAGCUCGCCAUACAAGCCGAGUUACGCGGACUUUCACCAACUCAUCUGAAUAGUUUCCUGCACCUCUCCAACGGGCAUGCGGAUUGUUCCUGUUUCCUGGCGGGUCAGCGUGCCAUUGGCAUCUAUUCCACUAACUCCUUUGCGCUCACCGACGAUCAAGGUGGUAUCGGUUUGACAGCAUCUCGCUUCAAUCACUCAUGCUCCCCGAACGCCAGAUUCUCUUUUAAUCCGACAAAUGGUCAACUCCGCAUUUUUGCGCUGAGCGACAUACCUGUUGGUGAAGAAAUCUGUGUUGCGUAUCUCAGUUCCAGAAGAUUGUAUGGUCAAACUCGGCAGCAUAGGCAGGGGAUACUCCGUUCUCGCUACCACUUCACUUGCUCUUGCUCGGUAUGCUCUCUUCCCAAGGCUGAGAUGAUUUUGAGCGAUAGCCGGCGAGUGAAAGUCAACGAGUUAUGGGACAAGGUGCCUAUGUUUCCCCCAAACCAGACAAUCCAACGGUUGAAUACUAUCGUUCAAGCGAUCAAUUUAUUGGAGGAGGAGGGAUAUGCAGCGGACUACGACGAUUUCACCAACGAUGCCGCGUUAAUUUGCGCAUAUCACUCGGACUACGAGUCGUCAAAGUAUUGGGCCAAGCUAACUUAUGAGACAAGGGUGGCGGAAUUUGGCGAAGAUAGCCCGCGAGCCGCAGAGGCUGACUCGGGACUGGUCCGACGCAAAGAGUUCUGA